UUUAUGUCAGACUAAAUAACUGCUAUGACAGGGAAACUGGCGGACAAGCUCCCUCUUACCAUGAGCAGUUUAAUAAACACGAUUCCUGACAGUCUUUACCCAGAAGAGGACAUUCCGACGUCUAUGAACAUUUUCACCAAUACGGAUUCUAUAAACCACUACUCGCAAAUGAAUACAGAUAAUAUCAUGGAUCUGGGGAUGGGAAGUGAUAAGGGAAAUGCAGAGAUCCAGUACGGCUCUAGCUUCCAGUCCAGCCGCAGCGGGCAGCCUGUCACCUAUUUGGGGAAGUUUGCCUUCGAUACUCCUCCGUCGGGUGGAAUGGGGGGCUCUGGCUGGUGUUCAGACAACAAUAUCAUUAGUUUAGUAAGUGCUGGGAUCUUGGGCGUCUCCCCGUCGCCUGGCACCAUCACCACACAGACAUCGUCCUCUGGAGCCAGCAUGGGCGGCCAGUCCUCAGAUAUGGAGCAGGUCUAUGGUCCGCCACUGCCUGCUUAUUCCACCUGCAGCGAGCUGUACCAGGAUCAGGUCUCCUUCCACCACAGUCCUGCUACCAGCACUACCCUCGGCUACCCCAGCAAUGACUACCACACCACCUCCAAGCCCUCCAUGGACGGGAGCCUUUUCUCUAUGAUCCCAGACUAUAACCUCUUCCAUCAUCAGGGUGAGGUUGGCAUGAUGGAGCACAAGCCUUUCCAGUCCAUGGACCCCAUUCGUGUCAACCCCCCACCCAUCACACCACUAGAGACCAUUCGCGCAUUCAAAGACAAGCAGAUUCAUCCAGGUUUUAUGGGCGGGCAGCAGCAUGCUCCUCAGCACCACCAGCCACCACAGACACUAACACUCAAACCAAUCCGACCACGGAAGUACCCAAACCGGCCCAGCAAAACCCCUGUGCAUGAGCGGCCACAUGCCUGCCCAGCAGAAAACUGUGACAGACGCUUCUCCCGUUCAGAUGAACUGACACGCCACCUCCGCAUCCACACGGGUCACAAACCCUUCCAGUGCCGCAUAUGUAUGCGCUCCUUCAGCCGAAGCGACCACCUGACUACCCACAUCCGCACGCACACGGGCGAGAAGCCCUUCUCCUGUGAAUUCUGUGGACGCAAGUUUGCCCGGAGUGAUGAGCGCAAGAGACAUGCCAAAGUUCACCUCAAGCAGAAGGACAAGAAGCCGGCCGACAAGGGGAGUGGAGCGGCUGGCAGCCACAGCUCACCCCCCAGUUCCUGUGGUGGCAGUGGGGGGCCCAGCAGUGGCAACAUCAUGACUGUCACUACCUGUGCUUAG